AUGGCAUCUUCUGAAACACCAUCAUCACAACCACCAUCACAAGAAGCAUCUUCAGCUCAAAGUUUAGUUCAAAAUAAUGUUAGAGGGAAGACUGAUAUAACUUGGGCACAUUGUACUAGAAGUCCUGAUGGAAAAUCUCUUGUUUGUAUGUACUGUCACAAAUCUUUUGGUGGAGGUGGAAUUCAUAGAGUAAAGCAACACUUGGCUAGAAUAGUAGGAAAUGUUGAAAUUUGUAAGAAAGUGUCUACUAAAAUUCGUUUCCAGAUGAAACUACAUUUCAAUGAGCGAAGCAAGAAAAGAAAAGCUUCAGAUGUGGCUGAAAGUGAGUCAUUUACUGCGGAGGGAGGUGAAUUGCAAAUUGGUGCAUCUAAAAAGAAUGACGCUCGUAUUGGUAGUUAUUUUUUACCAAGAACAACUCCGGGAGCUCAGUCUACUUUAAAAAGUGUGAUGCAAAGUAAAGAAGUGAUAGAAAAAUGUGAUCUUGCUAUUGCCAGGUGGUUUAUUGAUGCAUCUAUUCCUUUCAAUGCUGCAAAUUCACCGUAUUUUUAUCCCGCAGUUGAUGUUCUCUGUUGUAUGGGUGCUGGAUAUAAAGUUCCUACCAUGCAUGCUCUUCGUGGUAAUUUGUUAAAUAAGUGGGUUGAUGAUGUGAAGAUACAGAUAAAGCAAUAUCGUUCUAUUUGGAAGGAUACAGAUUGUACUCUUAUGGCAGAUGGGUGGAUUGAAAUACUAUUUAAGCUUUUCAAGGAAGUAGCGUUGUAUGUUGGACCGGAAAAUGUUGUUCAAAUUGUUACCGAUAAUCCUGCGAAUUAUGUUGCUGCUAGAAAGUUGUUGGAAAUGGAGUUUCCUAAGUUGUUUUGGUCUCCUUGCGUAGUACACUGUGGAAGAGAAAUACUCCGUCCUCCUCCAACCCGCUUUGCUACUAAUUUCAUUGCACUGCAAAGUAUUCUGUCUCAUAAAAAUGCACUAAGAGCCAUGGUAACAUCCAAAGAGUGGACAACCACAACUUAUUCCAAAGAUGCCAAGGAAAAACAAUUUGUGGAACAAGUCUUAGACUCAAGCUUUUGGUCUAAAUGUGCUGACAUAGUGAAAAUUACAGAACCUCUUAUAUGUGUGUUGCGUAUUGUUGAUAACGAAGAUAAGCCGACUAUGGAAUAUCUCUAUCGAGCUAUGUAUAAAGCAAGAGAGGAGAUUGAGAAUAGGUUUAGAAGAAAUAAGUUGAAAGUAGAGCCUUAUUUGAAGAUCUUGGAUAACUGUUGGGAUGCACAACUUCGGAAAAAUCUCCAUGUUGCUGGUUAUUGGUUAAAUCCAUCUUGUAGAUUUGGUCCAGAAUAUGAAAAAAACAAGACCACCACCCAAGGCCUUUUGGAUGUCAUUGAAAAGUAUGCUUAUGAUAGUAAGGACUUGCGAUCUAAAUUAACUGCUGAGAUGACUUCAUUCAAAAAUUGUGAAGGUAGUUUUGGAAAGACAACAACAGUAGAAAACCGAGAUGAAGUUUCGCCAGAUCAAUGGUGGGACACUUAUGGAACCGAAGCACCGAAUUUGCAAAAGCUGGCUAUUCGGAUUUUGAGUCAAACUUGUAGUGCAUCUGGUUGUGAACGAAAUUGGAGUGUGUUUGAACACUUUCAUUCAAAAAAGAGAAAUAGGUUGGAGAAUCAAAAGCUUAACGAUCUCGUUUAUGUUCGUUACAAUUUACGGCUACAAAAUAGAAACAAGAAGAAACAAAAUUAUGAUCCUAUUAAGUUUGAAACACUUGGUGAUCAUUCUAAUUGGGUGUUGGAGGAUUCACCAUCAUUCUUGACCAUUGAGGAGGUGGAAGCACUACUCAAAGAUCUUGCUAGUAUGACAAUCCAACAUAUUUCAAAUGAUAUUGCUGAAUUAAAUUUGGAUGAGAUUGAUGUUGAGGGAGAUGCGUCACUUAACUCCGGAGAAAACAACCAAAGUAAUAAUAUCAUUGAAGGGGAAGAUGUUGCUAAUGCGAUUGAUUUUGUCGGAGAUGAUUUUGAUAUUGAAGGAGAUCCCAACAUUGAGAUAAUUUUACCUCCUUGGAACUAA